AUGGCCAGCGGCAUCGAGUACGACUACCUCUUCAAGCUGCUCCUCAUCGGCGACUCCUCCGUCGGCAAGUCCUGCCUCCUCCUACGAUUCGCUGAUGAUUUGUUCGUUGACACCUACAUCAGUACCAUCGGCGUUGAUUUCAAAAUCCGCACUGUCGACCUUGAUGGAAAGACUGUCAAGCUACAGAUUUGGGACACAGCAGGCCAGGAAAGGUUCAGGACAAUUACAAGCAGUUACUACCGAGGAGCUCAUGGAAUCAUUAUCGUGUAUGAUGUGACAGACAUGGAGAGCUUCAAUAACAUCAAGCAGUGGCUGAGUGAGAUUGAUAGGUAUGCCAGUGACAACGUUUGCAAGCUGCUAGUUGGGAACAAGUGUGAUUUGGUUGACAGUAAGGUUGUUGACACUGAAAAGGCAAAGGCUUUUGCAGAUUCGUUAGGAAUUCCCUUUAUUGAGACAAGUGCAAAGGAAUCCAUCAACGUGGAGGAAGCUUUCCUAACCAUGUCAUCAGAAAUCAAGAAAAGGAUGGCAACCCAACCAACCGUGGAGAGGAGACCCACCGUCCAUGUUCACAUGAAAGGGCAGCCAAUACAGCAGAAGAGCAGCUGCUGCUCAUCAUAG